AUGAACAUCAUCACUUUCAUGCAAAACCGUCCUCGACUUACAGGUGUGGUCUCAUUAGCUGCGGCCGGCAGCAUCGUCGCCGCAUACCUUGGCAAGCGACGCCUUGACCGGUCAUACCCGAGAGUCUCCAUCAAGGAACUUCCAAAGUCAAGUGCAUGUCGCAACCUCGUGGAGAGCAGCGAAGCGGUCCCGAAGUCUGUAUGGGGGAUGGAAAAGUCAGCUCUGCUGGCCUCAUGCCUUCAAGCGGAUGUCCCCGUGUCCCUUCUCGCUGGGUACGGAGCAUUUGACAGUGAACAGAGUAACACCGAGAAGGAUGAUGCGCAUCAUCUGAUGCAGAAUCUAGUUGCUGCCUUUCUUGAUGCGCGGGCCGCCGGGCCGGAGGCGUGGUUUCUGGACAAAGAGGUGCCGCCACUGUCCUUUGCGCCAGGUAGUCUGUUAUUCGGCGAUCAAGGCAGCAUGGGAGCCUUCAUGCUUGGGACCUGGAGUACAAAUCAGAAGUCUUCUAUCCAGCCUCACGCUCUUGGUCCAGAAGCACCCGAGCCUUGCUCCGAGUUCCCGUCAAACAGGGACGCGAUCCAAGAUAGUCCCACCGACACAGCCGGAGCCGUGAUGUACUGGAAAUUUCCCGACGGGCUGGUCCGAACAGUGGACAAGGCAGCAUCGUAUGGUCUACCGUGGCGGUUCAUGGAUGGCGGAUUCCAAGAAUUCAUUGUGGAAAGGGGUUCUACAAGGGAUUUCAAGAUGUUGCCAUGGCUGGCUUAUGAGCUUCACGUAUUAUAUGCACAACUCCUCUGGCAUAAUACGGUGAUGCAACUUCGUAACCGCACGAAAACUUGAGUUGAUUUUCUACAUUCACAUUAUGAUAGAGAGUAGUAAUAGAGAUACCCCUCCGCUCAUCUUCCCUACUGCUUAUGUCCUAUACCCGUGCAUAUCCAGACGCUUAGAUAUUGCUGAUAAUC